AUGGCAGAAGACGCCUCCAGCACCGUGCGCGUGUGUUUGACACGCUGUCCGCUGCCACCAGCGGAGGAAAACGUGCACUCGCUGCCGUGCCGCAUCCACUUUGACGGGACGGCGUCCGUCAAAACCUUCUUCCGACCGCAGAGCGGCGACAUUAACAGCAACAGCGCGACAGGCUCCAAUGAGCAGAACGUAGAGAUGGAGACAGAGCAGAAGGGUGGCAAAGGUGGCAGCAAUAGUAAGCUGCAAGCAGAGUUCCGCGGCAUCCAAUUACAGGGAGAGAAGCUUCAAUUGGCUCCCCUGGGUUUUACAGGGCUCGUAUUGGAAGAUAGUGGCAUGCGACACCCGGAUGACGAGGGACGCGUUUGGGAAGUCGAAGAUCAUUUCGACGAGCUCACGUGGUGGUAG